GAUUGAUCCCCUCACCAACAUUUUUCACAUGCUCGUAUGGAGUGUGACAAGUAUCGACCGGAUCUUAUCAUCGGGAGGGUCGGACCUACACGGCGCUUUAUCGAGCAAAAGAUUGAUGGAGAUUGUCCACUGUUUUACGAGGUACUUGAUCCAAGUGUCAAUCGCCCGGCCGCUCGCUGCGUGACCCAAUUAGCACUCGUGCCUGAUUUGCCUGCGCUCGAGCACUCACCAUAAGCUAUUCUGGCAUUCGUGCGCGGCACUCCUUGUACCAAGUACGGAGUAGGUCCUAGUCCUUUAGACUUGGUUGUCUUCAUCAAACAGUACCUCAUGAUUUGAGGAGAUUCCGAUAUUCAGGAUUCUUGGUCAGAACCAGCAGCGCAGCAGCGUCGGUAUAUAGCGCCUUUCUACUACUUGACUGGUGACGACGAUACGGUACACAUCAUUUUCUCCUUCAACACGCGCGCUAUUCUCUGGACGCCUUCUACGAGCUGUUCUUCCUCGUGCCACGCCCAACAUAACCUCGUCCCUCUGCUUAAUCGCUCACGUUCCCACUCGCGGCAGCAACAACUGGUCUUGCUCCCCCGUACCGCCAUCAUCCCGGACGAUAAGAUGCGGAGGUUGUACUCGUCGAGUGCGAUCCUGGCAACCUCGUCUGAUCGAAUGCCCUCUGGAAACAAGAUGUAGAGGAAGAAGCCCCCAAAAACCUCCUCCUCCUCCUUCUCCUCCCCCGUCCGGUCGGGACCGUCGACCUUGUACGAUGCACCCGUGUCGAUCUUGACACCCAACGGUUCCAGAUACUCGUGGAUGGCUUGUCGAAGGAUGGCGGAGCGGUGCUGGUACAAAGGAAUGAGAACGUUUCGAAUGUGUCCCUCGAGGGCUCCCGUCCGAAGAAGGUGCUCAAUGAGUGUCGAAGAGAACUGUCCUGGAGCGCCUCCCGACAAUGUCGCGCCACUGCCAUCACAAAGUCAGCACGCCCCCUUUUUACUCAUUCAUGAAACGGGAGCCAAAUACUGACACACGGUUAAGUCUCAAAAUGAACUUUGGUGUCGCCUCUGCCCACCCGCACCUCAUACCUGGUCCGACCACCUUCGAAAACGAUCCAUUACUGACCGCGUUGCCCCAUUCGAGGUUGCCGCCCGGCAAGGAAGAAUCCACGUCCACAAGCCUCGGUGGAGGGGGAGGAGGAGGAUAAGUCCUGGAAGAGUUGCUGCUGCUGCUGCUGCUGCCGUUCGUAGGUGGCGGGAAAAGAGUAGGAGAAGCACCGAGAGAACUGCCAUUUGUUUGGGCCAGCCGGGUCUCGACGCUCCAUGACAAAAAGUCGUAACAGUCAUCCGUGAUGAGGAGCGCGUCCUUUUCUCGGGCGAGUCGGACGAGAGCCUCUCUUCGCUCCAAAGGGUACGUCUUGGAGCUGGGAUUGCUGAAUGUCGGGACAAGAUAAAUGAUGUGUCGGUAGAGCUUGGGAUAUUGUGGUGAUCGUUUAAAACUUGCCAACGAUGGAGCUUGUUCGAUCUCUUUCACACCAGCCACAGUCCCAUCUGCCCAUGAUCUAUCCUGUUUGAUAUCUUGCUCACCAUUCGCGGUCGCCUUUACGCAUGAUGCACCUUGUUUGCUCUUCUCCUCACCAUCCACAACCUCGAUCAUGCUUCGCAGACGAUCCACAUCCAUCCCGUCGGCAUCUUCAGGGACACCGACGAGACGACCCUGGAAUCCUGCAUCAUCAAAUACGGUGCACGCGAGGAAGUAUGUGGGCUCGACCAUCCAGACUCGACGUGUAUACACCGGGUCCGAGAAAGCCGCCAUGAUACAGGCCAGGUUGCCCGAGGCGCCCGCCGUGAUGCAGAUCCUCUCAGGAGAUAUAGGUACAGACGUGGUGGUGGUGCUGCUGCUGUUGUCGACAUUCACCGUCCCGGCUGGUGGCGACCGCGAUCGAUACAGGCGAGAGAGCCACUCGGCACAUUCUUUACGCAGAGCCGGAUCACCUAUGUUGGGACCAUAGAGCAUGGCUUCUGUGGCACGUUUCGGGUCUGACAGUGUCGCCUCGGCAGCCUCGAGUAAUGAUCCUCUGGGUAACAAACGCGGAGUGGGCCAUCCUUUCUGAAGAUCGAUAUGUGCCAGGGCAGCGGUGUUGGAAGUCUCUACCACCAUGAUAGUAUUGCAGAUGUCGGAUACGGUAAGGCAGGAUUCACCCUGCCCGAAUUGAAAGAGUGAUGCCACUCAAUGAGCUGGAGAGCAAUGGAAGCAGUCGGUGUAUGAGCACCGCGAUUCCUCGCUCGCCGAGUCGAUGGGAGAAGCUGGUGGGUGAGAAUCGGUAUGGCCUCUCUCGACGAAUCGAAGCCGCACAAGCACCAAAGCAACGAUGGUGAUCUUCAAUGGGCCGAAGAAGAAAGGGAGCAGCUGGUUUGUACGAACCGCUGUCACACUCUCUCGUCGAGUCGAAGGAAGCAGCUGUUGGACGAGAACCAGUACCAUCCCCUCAUUGAACCGAAGCCACACGAGAACAAAAGCAACGAGAUUUCUCUACUUACCUCUGCGUACUUUGAGAUGUUUCUCGGACAUUCUGCAAAGAUCGUUGAAGCGGAUUGGAGCGUGAUCGGUUAGAACGGAUCAUGUCGACACGCCCCCGGAUGGACGUGUAGCUGAACUCCAUGGUCGUAGCCAACGCGUCGGAUGUAUGACCGCGAUCGAUUGCGCAAAGAGCAUCACUGAAGAAAUCGACCACUGCUGCUCUCGUGCGGUGUUGACAUGACAGAGGAUGCCGACAUGAACGGAGUUUGGGAGAUCGAGAUCCCCGAUCAUCGUCGUCGGACUGUCGAAAGUCCUAGUGCCGCCCGAUGGAAAUUUAGCUGGUCGACACGGACCAAAUAAUCCGCCGCCGUCGAACCGCUUUUCUCGGUCGCUGAACGACCAUCAUCCUCCAACUGCAUUUCCCUCUUGAACCGAAUCAAGGACUCUAAAUGAUCCUCCCCAAAGAGGCUUAUCAUUUCCUUUUCUCGCUCAUACAAAUCAUGUGGAUCGUCUCUUCAACGUGCGAUUACAAGUCUUUCCUCGGAUGCGUGUCCGUUUGAGGCCGUUGAGAUGGAAUUCGUCGGACGCGCACUCGCUUUCCGUAGUGCGACCCUGUUAUGCGAUGCAUUGUCCCUAGGGCCAUAUUCAACGGUGAGGUCUUAGCAACCCAUGAUUGGUGGCUAGCUAUCUUUCCACUGGAGAAGGAAACCGUUCCCUAGUAUUUCCUCCCUGCGAGCCAUUUCUUAUUUCAUUUUGUGAGUUUUUUGACAGUGUGAAUCUUAUCAUACUGAAGAGUAAGCCCCUUAUUUCUAUUUUGAUCUCUUUGUGUGAGUCUUUGACACGACAUAUACUACCGUACCAACAUACCAACGAUCACAACGAUGCCAAAAAUCAAUACAACUCUCGAUGCCGAACAGGCAGCCUUCGAUGCAGAAGUCAAUGAGAUCAAACAAUGGUGGCAAUCAAGCGCCAAACAACGACAAUUGAAGCGGUACAUCUCCGACCCGUCAUCCCAUCUCGAAACCGCUGUGUGCUGGUAAUAUGCUGAUGGAACAGGACAGACCAUACCCAGCCGAGCGCAUCGCGGCGUUACGCAGCUCCAUCAAACAAAAGUAUGCGUCAAGUGACAUGGCCCUGAAACUCUGGGACCAGAUGACCGAGCACCAGAAGAAUGGAACGGCCGAGUUGACCUUUGGCUGUACGGAUCCCCUCCAGGCAGGUGUGAUGGCGAAGCACCAACAGGUGAGUUCGAUAUCGUUUGAAGGGUCGCAAAGACGUACAUGAGCCUGACAUGUUUCGCUCACCGCGGCAAAGACCGUCUACGUCUCCGGAGCUUUGUGCGGCUAUUCUCAAGUCAGCCAACCUGGCAUGGACCACGCGGAUUACCCUUGGGAUACGGUUCCGGCGACAGUCAACAAGAUCUUCCGGUCUCAGCAGUGGCAGGACCAACGACAGCGACAGUUUCGCUUCUUGUAUCCCAAGUCGGAGCGCGAGGGACUCGACAACUGGGACUUUUUGACCCCGAUUGUCGCCGAUGGAGACAUGGGCUUUGGUGGACUGACCCAUACCAUGAAGAUGACUCGAGCCUUUGUGGAGGCCGGUGUUGCCAUGUUUCAUCUCGACGAUCUGGCAAUCGGAGCAAAGAAAUUCACGACGGGCGAAGGACGAACAGUCAUCCCCACGAGCGAAUAUCUGUCGCGACUGACGGCUGCCCGCAUGCAGAUCGACAUCAUGGGCGCUGAAACGAUCUUGAUGUGCCGAUGUGACACGGAUCAUUCGAGUUACAUUACCUCGGUGAUGGACCCUCGCGACCACGCGUACGUCCUGGGUGCCACGAAGCCUGUCGAGCCCCUCACGUCUGUUCUCUCCAGGGCGCUCGCAUCCGGGUCCGACUACGCGCAGGCCCAGAAGGACUGGAUCGCGUCGGCCGAGUUGAAGACGUUUGACGACGCAGUCGCCGCGCACGGAUCCGGCAAUCCCGAGGGUGUCGCUGCGUACAAGGCCGCCGUCAAGUCUUCCCUUUCUUCUUCGCCAACUGCACCUCCGUUGUCGCUGACCGCUCGACGUGCCUUGGCCGCGCAGCACCUCGGCCACGAGCUUUACUCGACCCUCCUCUUCGACUGGGACCUCGGCCGCACCCCAGAGGGCUCGUACCGAUUCGCACCGACCGUCGACGCCGUGGUCUCUCGGGCCCUGCUCGCCGCCAAACUCGGCGAGGUGACUUGGGCACGCAUGGACUACCCGGUCCCUUCGGACAUUGAUGCCUUCCACACGGCCGUCCGCGCCGUGCACCCGGACCGAAAGUUUGGGUUCGGCUACACGGGAGGCUACAACUGGCUAGGGGCUGGUUGGUCGGCCGAACAAGUCAAGGAGUUUCCGUGGGAGAGUUCCAAGAAAUAUGGCAUUGUCUGGCACGUUCAACCCAUUUGGGCGCUGCAGGGUCAGAGAAGGGCCGCCGAUUCGUUCGCCAAGUUGUGGCAGGGAGGUGGAAUCGCGGCGUACAUGAAUGUCGUCCAGGGUCCUGAAUUGAAGCAAACGUACCCCGGAUUGACAGCCAGAGAGACUGACGAGGUUGACGACGACAAAGACGACGGUUACGCUCGAUUCAAAUUUUCCGGUGCUUACCUUGCAGAUGCGUUGUUGGAAACCGCCACUAUGGGCAUAGACAUGGAUGACGGUGGUGGUGAUGAUCGGAAGGGAUUGUUGAAGAUGGGAGAAGGAGUUGUCAAAGGUCCCAAGGCGAAUAGAUUUGGGUAGAUGGUUAGAAUCUCGGAAAAACAGGCAGACAGGCGAGGGCAGUUAGGCGAUAGUGCGUAACACCCAGAUCUGCAUUGCGCAUGAAGCUAUACUUCUCCCUACUUUGACUGUUGCGCGUUUCUCCA